AUUUUUUUUUUGAAAGAUGCAGAAGAAUUUUGACCGGUUAUUUAUAUACAAGUUUGUCACACCUUGUUUUGUGUCUAAUUUUAAUUGGAUAACGAAUUAGCAGAUUUUGUUAGUGCGGAUUCUAUUGGAUAAAUGGAUUUCUGCCAGUAGUUUUUCCUACAAUCUGAAUAUUAUCUUCCCAAGAAGAAAUUUAUAAAAAACGCGAAAGUCAUACAUUUAUGUUACUAUCUUAGCCAAUUAACCUUGUAAAAUAUACAGCAUGAACAUUUCAUCCGAACAAGCCAAUCUUAUAAUUCCUCAUGUGUUACAAGUUACAACAAAAUCUUUUGACUGUGGGCCCACUUGUGUUUGGUUUUGCAAGUCAGGUACUGAUGCUUUUAUGAGCUCAAUUUCUUCUAUAGUACAUGAUGAUAUAGAUGAUAUAAUAAAUGCGGAAUAUGUUCCAAAAAGAUUCAACGACUAUGUUGCGCUUCGCGAUAAAUUAAGAGCGAAUGAUUAUGUUGGCAAGUAUGAAUUAAUACUUGAAUUUUCAUUGAUUGAAUCGUUCGUUUUUAACAAAUUAUGGUUUUAUUGGUUAAUUGUUUUAUAUAUUGUGGUCCUGGAAUUACUGAACGAUUUCAAUGGACAAUCUUGAGCGAGCAGCCGAUGAGGAUUGUAUUGUGAUUCGAAUGACAUCAAGACGAUCAUAACAAUAUCCGAGUACCUUCGUUUAGGUCGUAUAGGUAGAAGUUAUUUAUAGUUUAUUUGAAAAUGAUUCUAUUAGAAAAUAAUAUUUUCAUGUAGCAGAGACAAAAUAAAUUUCAAAAACAUUUUAUGACACAAUUUUAACAAUUAUUUACAA